AUGGAAACAAGCAAUGGAAGUUCUGAAACAGAUUUCAUCCUUCUGGGGUUUUCUGAUCAGCCUCAAUUAGCACGCAUCAUCUCUGUGGUUGUCUUCAUCUUCUAUAUUGUGACUCUGGUAGGAAACACAACCAUCAUUCUUGUAUCUUACCUAGACACCCAGCUCCAUACUCCCAUGUAUUUCUUCUUAUCCAAUUUGUCUUUUCUGGACAUCUGUUAUACAACCAGCAUUAUCCCCCAGAUGCUGGUCAAUCUAUGGGGUCGAAAAAAGUCUAUUACAUAUGGAGGGUGUGUGCUACAAUUCUUCUGUGCCCUAGACUUGGGAGCCACAGAAUGUCUUCUCUUGGCUGUGAUGGCCUAUGACCGCUAUGCUGCUGUCUGUCAACCUCUUCACUACACAGUAAUAAUGCACCCUCAGCUUUGCCAGAAGAUGGUGCUGGCUGCCUGGUUAGGUGGUCUAGGCAGUGCCUUAAUUCUUUGCUCCUUGACUUUGAAGUUGCCAAGAUGUGGGCACCGGGAGGUGGAUAAUUUUUUCUGUGAGAUGCCAGCAUUGAUCAAGAUGGCUUGUGUCUAUUCAAAAGUCAUUGAGAUUGUUGUCUUUGCUCUUGGAGUGAUAUUUCUUCUAGUGCCUCUAUCACUAAUUGUCAUCUCAUAUGGAGUUAUCACUCAAGCUGUCGUGAGGAUCAAGUCAGCAGCAAGGUGGCAUAAGGUCCUCAAUACAUGUGGAUCGCACCUCACAGUGGUAACCCUGUUCUACGGAACAAUCAUUUAUAUGUACAUGAAGCCACAGAAUAGCACAUCCCAAGAUGAAGGGAAGUUCCUUACUCUCUUUUACACAAUUGUCACACCCAGCCUUAACCCUCUGAUCUACACUUUAAGAAACAAAGAAGUCAGGAGCGCAGUAAAGAGAAUAUUGUGGAUAUGA